CGGGGGUCUUGGGCGGAGCUGGUAAACCGGCGGAGAUGCUGCCACUUCGCGGCCAGGGCUGCUCGCGCGUGGUGCUGGCCCGGAUCCUCCGGCCCAGGCUUUCUGCGGUGCCCCGCGGGAGCUCCGGCGGCCCGGGCUGCGCGUGGGAUCCCCCUCCUGGAGCUGGCGAACUGCAAGGCGAGCCGGACAGGUUCGGGGGCAUCUCGGUGCGCCUGUCGCGGCUCGCCUGGACGCCGCCGCCUUCCGGAGAGCCUUGCAGGCAGCGAUUCAGCAGUGGAAAUCACAAGGUAGGAUCGCUGUGUGGCUGCACAUUCCCAUCCUCCAAAGUCGAUUGAUUGCCCCUGCUGCUUCCCUGGGCUUCUGCUUUCACCACGCGGAGUCAGAUUCUUCGACACUGACACUGUGGCUGGGAGAAGGGCCCAGCAGAUUACCAGGAUAUGCCACACACCAAGUAGGAGUUGCAGGAGCUGUAUUUGAUGAAAAUACUAGAAAAAUAUUGGUUGUACAAGAUCGAAAUAAGUCAAAAAAUAUGUGGAAGUUUCCAGGAGGCUUGUCAGAGCCUGGGGAAGAUAUUGGAGACACAGCGGUUCGAGAGGUUUUCGAAGAGACUGGUAUAAAAUCAGAAUUCAGGUCCCUGCUGAGUAUUCGGCAACAGCACGCCAGUCCUGGAGCUUUUGGGAAGUCAGAUAUGUAUGUCAUCUGCCGCCUGAGGCCGUGCUCAUUCACCAUAAAUUUUUGCCAGCAUGAGUGCUUACGAUGCGAGUGGAUGGAUCUCGAAGACCUGGCCAAGACUGCAGAUACCACUCCCAUCACCAGCAGAGUGGCCAGGCUGCUGCUCUAUGGGCACAGAGAAGGCUUUGACAAGAUUGAUCUGACCAUGGAAGAACUUCCAGCAGUUUACACAGGCCUGUUCUAUAAACUCUAUCACAAGGAACUGCCAGAGAAUUACAAAACCAUGACAGGAAUGGAUUAAAUUCACAUUUACACAUUUUAAA